CGAGCUCCGCCUGGACGUCGACGGCUCUGCCGCCGUGCGACGACGCGUCGCCGCCGCCGCCCACGCGCAGCAUGGCGGCGGUCGUGUCGGGCUGGAUGGCCACGGGGGUCAUGGUGGUCAUCAGCGUGGGUCUGGCCGCCUACAUCUACAUGCUCAAGGGCGAGAACGACCGACUUCGGAAAGACGGAGAUGGAUGGUCCAUCAGCAGGGGAGAAAUCCCGCUGAACGUUCCUCUUUCUCUCAAGUUCGCAAGGGACACGCCUACUCCCCCGGGUUGCGUCCAGACGCCGAGGCACACGCCCAAGAAGCAGCAACAGAACGGAGCGCCGAACACGCAGGAUGACUUCAUCGUGGUGCACCCGCGGUCGGCGAAGUCGGCCGAGGAGCCGGCGGCGGCCGAGCAGCCUCCCGUCGUGAACAACAAGGCGUUUUUUUAGAGGAGGGCUUCAAGAGGCGCAAACGGACCUGAACGUCGGGGUAGGGGCUUCAGGGGCGGCCGAGGAGGCCUCGCUAGCUGACUCAGAGUCUGGUGGAUCCGCAACAAGGUUGCUCGCCCAUAUGACAAAACAGGAUACUGGAAAUGAACUUCAGACUGUUGUGCAUUUUUGCGCUAAAAUCGUGUUUUCGAUUUCUUAAAAGCUUCUCAGAUGUGCAGCACGCAAAGACGAAAAUCACAUCGAUAGCUAAUACAUCAAUUCCAUCGACAACCUCUGACUGACACGGGAUAAACGUUUGGUUUAUACUUGGGCAAUAAUACCUACAUUGAUUCGAUUUAUUUUUCGAAAGCCUCCAGAUUCGUUUCUUCCAUUGCCAGUGGCAUUUGUUCCUCUUUCUUUUCAUAUAUAUUUCAUAUACUAUUGAUUAAAUAACAUGUAGCCUACAGGAAUGCAGAGGCCAGAGUAGCGCAACGAGUCAUAAAAAGUUUUAUGUUAUAAUGAGCGCCAUACGCCAGAACCACAAAGCGUCCUAGUCUGGACAAACGAGAGAAAGUGCCCUUGAUAACUACCUGGCAGCAUUCCUGAGCGCGUGGAGGUGCCUAGAAAGAAGGGGGCGAAGGGAAAGGGGAGGGCAUGGGGGUCGCGCACACCUGGCCUAGUUUCGACGGGAAUGACCUCGAUUCUCGGCGCAAUCACCUCCAACAAGUAAGGCAUCGAUUGUUCCCGUUCAUUUUUAUAUCAAAUAAAUCUAUUUAUUUCACUUCUGGGUUCUUGGAAUCGCGGUAUAUUAGUGUGUGAACAUUUAUUUUAGUAUCAAUACGAACCGCGUGAUUGUUGGUCUCGUCGUGUAUGUUAAGGCAUUUACGGUUCUCGCGUGUACUGAAUAUAUUCACUUUUGCGUGUCUCUUUACCCUUUAUAUCCAUUGCCCCUCCAGUACUAUAUAAUGAACAUGUAUCCAGCGGCUUUGAACCCCGGUCGUCUCAAAAUACAUUCUGUAAAAAAAAAAAAAAGCACUUGUUACAUGGAAAAUUCUUAAAGACUGCCUUGCAACAUGAUAUACCAACCUCCUUCAGACACCCCGGGAUACUGCCGUACAGUAUUCGGUUAUAUUCACCUGAAGCAUCCUAUAAAAGCAUGUAUGCAUCCUUGGCCAACGCGCCAACCCUGCUCACCGACCGUCAUUUACCACUGUGGGUGGAAUUCAUGUGAUGAUCUUACCGAACCCCGUCCUCUCCCGCAGUAUAGAUAUUACUUUAGUAAUUAAGGAGUUCCAGUAGUCUUAAACACAAAGAGUUUUCUCUCUUUGAUCGCAGCUGAAUUUAAUACGUGUUGUGAUUUUUCCUAAUUUUUGAAGAUAUAAUCUAAAAUACGGCAAAACGUCUAGAUGUAAGUUCCUAUGGAAUAUGGUGUUGAAUAAUAAAUAAAGCUUUGGUUGUA